UGUAAAUGUAUUGUAUACCUAAAAUGUACCAAUAAAAGAAUCUAAGAAAAAAAAUAUGUGAUAUGAUAGAUUAGGUUUUACCUUUAGAUUGUGUCCUGGACAUACAAUUAAAGGAUAUAGGAGAUAGACUGAAUCAUCUGACAUGGCUAUGUGAGCAUAAAAAUAAAUAAGCCAGGCUGGAUUGUCUAGGUGACAAUUCUGAGUUCACAGGUAUAGACUCUCCUCUGCAUAAAUGUAACCUUUGUUCUCAGACAGAGGAGUUCAUAACAGACCAAGAUGGUAUCAGAACUGAACAUACUGGAAUAAAUCUGUACUGUGUUCUACCUCCAUGGCUUUCUGAACAACUGCACUGAGCAACUUCUUCCUGUGGUCCCAUGAGAAAGACUCCUGGUGAUUUUAUCCUGAAAUUACUUUUCCUGGCCCAGACUGGGGUCAGGGUGGUGGGGGAUACCUUUCUUCUCUCAGCUUAUGCCCCCACAUCCUGUACUGGCCAUGCACCAAGGCCCACACACCUGAUUCUCACCCAUGCGGCUGUGGCCAACUUCUUAGUCCUUCUCUCCAAGGGGAUUCCCCACAUGAUGGUAAUCUGGGGAAUGACACCCAUCCUGGGAAACACGGGAUGUAAACUUGUCUAUUAUAUCCACAGAGUGGCCCGAGGCCUUUCUCUCUGCACCACUUGCCUCCUGAGCAACUUUCAGGCCAUCACCAUUAGCCCCAGAGCUGGAGGGUGGGUGGGGCCCAAAGACCGAUCUUGGAAGAAAAUCAGUUUCUCCUGUGUUCUGUGUUGGAUCUUCAACUUGCUGAUAAAUGUCUUUAUUCCUAUACGUAUUGUGAGCCUUCGACAUAACUGCAGUUCUACCAUGGUAUUGGACCAUGGACUAUGCUCUUCUGAAAAGCCUGAAACUUCUGCCUCAACAGGUACAUUACUUUUGACAUUCAUGGAUGUUGCGUUCCUGGGACUCAUGACCUGGGCCAGUGUCUACAUGAUACUUCUCUUAUAUAAACACCAACAGCGAGUGAAGCAUAUUCACAGCACCAGUACCUCCCACAGAUUCUCUCCUGAGGCAAAAGCCAUGCAAACCAUCCUCCUUACAGCAAGCAUCUUUAUUUUUCUUUAUUCAGUCAAUUCUUGUCUCACAAUUUAUGUUGCACUUUUCAAAGCUCACCUGUGGCUGCAACAUAUCACUACUUUUCUGGCAGCCUCUUAUCCCACUACCAGUUCCUUGAUACUGGUGUUUCAAGAUUCCCAAGGAUCAGCUUACUGCAGUUAAAUGGUGAAGGAAAAUUCCAAAAUUGCCUGUGGUUCCAUUCAAAAUGAGUAUUCAAUUAUUCAAAUAAGAACAUGUGGCUUUUUAGAACAUUAAAGAUAUAACCCUACCUAUGGAUGGUAAAAUUUUUGUAUGAUAUGACUCAAACAUGUAAGAGUCUUCCACUGAACUCAGAAGGCAGACAUGCAACCAAAUAAACACAUUUUUGGUGUGUGUUACAUUAUCCUAAUACUUGCUGCUUGUAAAUUUCCUUUCAAAUACUUUUUGGAACCAUGGAAAGAAGUUUGAAUAAAAAAUCUGGAGAUAUGUUAAUAUUUUAAGGAGUUUAUUAUGGCAAUUAUUACAUUGGAUGCAGUAGUACAGUUUAUAUUGAUAUGCAGUAAUGAUUUUGUGUACCUAUUAUACUGUAACCUGUGGAAAGUCACUUAUUUGCUGUUAAGCUUUGAUUAUUCAUGUGUAAAAUCAAUAAAUUGUAUCCUAUGAGAUUAUUUUGCAAAAUAAAUGAGAUGAUGAGGCAGGAUUUUCAGAAUGGUAGAUGGAGGAUCUCUGUCAAUUCAUUCUUCUGUAAUAGUGAGAUGAUAACUGGCAAAACCAUCAAAGUCAACUUUAAAAAACUCUAGAUAAUAGCCUAAAUCUUACAAUCAAAAUUUGAACCUUCAAAACACGGUGGGGUUCAUGUGGGGUUUUUAACUUGGUCUACUUGUGUCUGCCUCUCCUCAGAUCUACACUAACUUUGAAAAGCAGAAGCCUCACAACCACUGUAGUUAUGAAAACCUUUGCCAUCAACCCUUGCCACCAAGAGUGGCAAGAAAUAAGCUUGCCAAUGAGUUUGGAAAUCCUUGAGCACCCAGCUUAAUGCAAUACCAUCACGUGACCCACGUACAGCUUAAUGGUGAAGUCUGUUCCUUGUUUUACCGUUUUCUUCAAGUGGCUCAUAAAUACCUUUAUUCCUAUACACACUGAGGGCCUUCAGAUUUUCCACAAUUCUACCAAAAUACAAAACAAUGGGCUUUGCUCUUCUAAAAGUCCUAGAAUGGAAAAUGUUACCGAUUAUACUGACAUUGGCAGAUGUUGUAUUCUUAGUAUUCAUGGCGUGGGCCAGUGCCUACACGGUACUUCGCCUAUACAGACACCACCAGGAUGUGAAGCAUAUUCACACUGUGGGGAAUUUCCACAAAUUCUCCCCUAAAGCAAAAGCCACUCAAACCAUCCUGCUUCUAACAAGCACCUUCAUUUUGUUUUAUUCCAGCAAUUCUGUCCUCACAAUUUAUAAUGCUUUAGAAUUUUGCCUCUGGCCACAGCAUACUAUUAGCUUUAUAAUAGCCUGUUAUCCCACACUGGGCCCCCCCCGAUACUGAUGCUUCAAGGUCCUCAAGCAACAACUUGCUGCUCUUAAAUGGUGAAAAUGAAAUCUCCAAUUAUCGGUCAUCCCAUUUGUUUUUUAUUGGCAUAUGUUUCACCCCUAUUCUAGAUCCUCCUGCCAUUUCCACAAAGUUUACCUCCCUGUUUCCUAUCAUCUUUUUUUAAAUUUUGUUCUUUAAAUUGUUUGUAUUUUAGAGUUUCCUAUGUAAGAGAAACCAUGCAAUAUUUCACCUUCUUUGUCUGAUUUAUUUCACUUAAUAUUAUGGUCUCAAGAUCCAUCCAUUUCUCACAAAUGAUUCAGAUCAAUCCUUCCACGUUGCAGAGUUCUAUCUGUCCAUCUGUCUGUCUGUCUGUCUUCUCACACUUUCUUUACCCAUUCUUCUAUUUAGGGACUUAUAGGCUCCUCACAAAAUUUAGCUACUAUGAGUUGUGCUGCUAUAAACGUGGGUAUGCAUGAAUCCCUGUAAUAUGAUGUCUUUAAUUCUUUAAGGAAGAUACCCAGAAGAGGUAGGUAUAGGUCAAUUGGAAGUUCUAUUUUUAGGUUAUUGUAAAAUCUCCAUACUGAUUUCCAUAGCAGUUGUACUGUUUACAUUCCCACUGACGACAUAGAAUGUUCUUGUUGCUCCACAACCCUGCCAACAUUUGUUGCUGUUUGAAUUCUUGAUAGUAGCCUUUGUUUGUGGAGUCAGAUGCAAUUGAAGUAAUGCUUUGAUUUGCAUUUCUCUAAUGGCUAAAAAUACAGAACUUUUUGAUGUGCUUACUGGUUACCUGUACUUCUUUUUAGCAGUGUCUAUUCAUUUCAAUUGCCUAUUUUUGAUUGGUUCUUUUAUUUUUUUGGAAUUUUAAAAAAUAUUUUGGUUAUUGGUCCUCUAUCUGAGGAAUAAUGAGAAUCUUCAGCUGCUGGUUGAC